GCUACAUAAUCUACAGUUAUAUUCUUGGAAAAAGAAAGAUGAAAUAUAGCCUCUAAGGGUACUAGUUAUAAAAAAGGACCGAUUUUCUUCAUUAGAGAGACCUUAUAUAAUCUUUCCAAAUUACAUAUUGGAGUGGAACGAAAGAAACGAAGAUAUCUCAGCCUGAGAAGACAACCCACAAUUGGUAGCCGAAGUUUGUGCAAAACUGUAGUUACUCUCGUUGAACACUGACGGCAAAAAAACAGAAAAACUGUUGAAAGCUACUAAAUUGUUUGGCGCCUGAACCGGCUUUAAAAUACGCACAAGAAGAGGUUUGUGCAACAGAACCAAUCGAAAAGCUUUUCGUGGACGUAACAGGGAGCAAGAUGGAAGAAAACAGCAUUAAUUUCACAGUAAAGUUCACUACACAAAUAAUACCAGUAACUAUAUCGCAUGACUCAACAGUUCAACGCUUGAAGACCCUCCUUCUACCUCUCACUAAUGUCUUCCCUCCUUUCCAGAAACUCAUCUUUAAAGGUCGAAUCUUGGAGAACGACAAGACUUUGAGAGAAUCUGGGAUCAACAAUGGAGUCACGAUUAUGCUUGUGGGCACUAAGGGUUUGCACAUAUGGAAUGAUCCAAUGAUGAGAAAGGCUCCAAGCCCCAUUACAAUGAAGACAAAUGUAGGGGAUGACAAUAAAUUUAAGGUUGAUGAGAGCUGUAUAAAACGGUGGAAGGCUACCAAUAUUGUAUCAUUGGCUGAGCGCAACUUGAAGGGCAUUCCCGAUGAAGUGUGGUCUUAUGCACCUUUUAUAAGAAUCCUUGAUAUCAGCCAAAAUUCCAUUCAACGUGUACCAGGUCGGAUAGACUGUCUUGCUGGAUUGAGGAAAUUGGUUCUUGAUGGAAAUGGUCUGUCGGAUGAAUCCAUUAAGUGGCAAGGACUCACAUGUUUGAAUCUUCUACAAUAUCUAUCUUUGAACAAAAACUGUUUGAAGACUUUGCCUUGCUCACUGGGUCGUUUGACUAGUCUGCUUCAGCUACAUGUUGCAGACAACGAGUUAAUUGCCCUCCCAAAUGAAAUAGGAUUUCUGGCUGAGCUUGAAGUUUUGAAAGUCAACCAUAACAGGAUUAGUUCCAUUCCUUCAACUAUAGGCAACUGUACUUCUCUUAUUGAGGUAGAUCUUUCAUCAAAUCAUCUGUCUGAGUUGCCGGAUAGAUUUUGCAGUUUGCAUAAUUUGAAGGCUUUGCAUCUCAGCAACAACGCUUUGAAAAGCCUCCCAUAUUCGUUGUUCACAAUGUGCACUCGGCUCUUAACGCUGGUUCUUCAUAAUACAGAAAUCACCAUGGACACCCUCGAGCAGCUUGAAGGAUGGGAAGAUUUUGUCCAGCGCCGUCGCGCAAGGCGCCAGAAGCAAACACAUUUCCGAGUUUUUAAAUCUGCUGAAUCUGACGAAGAUGCUGAUAAAAAUUGAGUGAUCUGUUUUAGGUUACAGAUGGCAGUUGUGGAAGUUACCGACAAAAAUCCAGCUUUUUCAUUUUGAACAGAAGCACAUAACCUUACUGACUCGAGAAUACUUACUGGUCAAUUGAUUUUACAAAUUUAUCCGCACAAACAGAGAUAAAUAUACAUCACCGUAUUC